CUAGUGGAAACACUGCUCGCAACACACACAUUGCAACACACUAUUAAAUGUGGAAAUGUAAACGGCAUCCGCAUAGGUUAGUUAAGUCUAGGACUAGCUCAGAAUUCAGCUUUCCUAAGAAGACUUUGUGAAGAGGAAAUUUAAUUUACAACCAUCCGAAUCAAAUUAAAAAGAUGAGUGGUGAAAUAGUGAAAAUGCGAAAGCAGCUUGGGCUGCUUGAAGGAGUAGCUAUCAUUUUAGGUAUAAUAUUCGGUAGUGGUAUUUUUAUAUCACCUAAAGAGGUUUUGGAUAAAACUGGGUCAGUGUGGGGCGCACUGUCUGUAUGGGCCGCUUGUGGAGGUCUCGCUACCCUAGGAGCCAUGUCUUACGCCGAAUUAGGUACAACGUUGGCACAAAGCGGAGGUGAUUAUCACUACAUCAAUGAAGCUUAUGGACCUUUACCAGCGUUCCUCUACCUAUGGGAUGCCAAUUUAGUUUUUGUACCAACUACAAACGCUAUAAUGUCACUGACAUUUGCAAACAAUAUAUUGGAUCCAAUUUUCCCUGACUGUCCUAUUGAUCCUAUAUGCAGGAAACUUAUAGCAGCUGUUACAAUAUGUUUUCUUACAUUCAUAAAUGCUUACGACGUCAAAUUCACGACUCGCAUACAAAAUGUAUUCAUGUUCACGAAGAUCACGGCGUUGGUCAUCAUUAUUAUGGGAGGCAUCGUCUGGAUGAGCAAAGGAGGUACGGAACAUUUUGAGGAUGGCUGGGGUGGCACAAAGUCAUCGGUCAGCGAUUGGUCGGUCGCAUUCUACUCCGGUAUUUUUUCCUACUCGGGCUGGAAUUACUUGAACUUCAUGACGGAGGAGCUAAAGGAUCCAUUCGUGAAUCUCCCUCGCGCGAUCUACGUAUCGUUGCCGAUGGUCACUGCCAUAUAUCUGCUGGCGAACGUUUCGUACCUGGCCGUGCUGGGACCUGUAGGGGUACUGGCGACCGAAGCCAUAGCUGUGGACUUUGCUGUAAGCUGCCUGGGUUUCCUGAAAUGGGCCAUGCCUACCCUUGUCGCUAUCGCCGUGUUGGGUGGUCUCACGGUGCACAUUAUGACGUCAUCACGCAUGUGCUUCGCCGGAGCCCGCAAUGGACACAUGCCCGAAUUGUUGGCGCACAUCAAUGUCAAGUGUAUGUCACCCCUGCCUUCGCUUGUAUUCUUGAUGCUGAUAUCAAUAAUAAUGCUGAUCCCGGAUAACCUGACGACGCUGAUCACAUACUGCACGGUCGUGGAGUCCUUCUUCACUACUCUUAGUUGCAGCGCCGUGCUCUGGCUCCGGUACAAGAGACCUGACUUGCCCAGGCCUAUUAAGGUGCAACUUUGGAUGCCGAUAGUAUUUGUAAGCAUCAGCGCAGUGCUGUUAGUGGUCCCGGUGGUGAGUGAGCCGGUGGCCGUCAUUGCUGGCGCUCUCAUGACGCUGGCCGGGGUACCAGUCUACUUCGGCCUCGUUAGAUCCAAGCCACAAUGUAUUGCCACUGCUUCAACAACAUUCACGCACUGCUGUCAAAAACUGUUCCUGUCUGCAGUUGAAGAAAAAGAAGAUUAAAAUGAAAAAGAAUACUCAAGUAUGUCUACUUUUUGUUCUCGAAUAUGUAAGAUUUAGAUACAUACGUAGUAUAUACCUAUUAUAGUAUUGCUAUCAUAAUUACGAGUUACUUUUGAGUAACGGCCAUUUAGUAGAAGGUUUUGUGAAUAUGUUAUGCGGCCUGUCUGUAUAUUAUUAACUUAUAAAGCACACUAUUCUGGUGUCAUAGUUAUAGGCAUGUCAAUAGGAUAAAAACAGAGUCUCAUAUUUUAGGCUAAUCUAAAAGACAGCCCAGUCACUUCUAUAUUAGUCAUGCCCAUUUUAAUGUUGAAAUAUUUUAAAUAUAAACUCUUUUGCAAAAAAAGCGGCCGAUCUGAAUCUUGGUUUUAAUGACUGGAAUAUGUUACUAGCAAGAAAAUUAUUAGCUCAGCAUCCGUAACAACGUAUUCUAAAUUCGAUUUUUUGAGAAACGAGUGUAUAUUGCCUUGUCGAAUAAAAAAGUACUUUAGUAUUAAUAGUCUUUAAGCGUAUUUAUAGUCCAUUUAUUCGCCGGUUGUGUCAAAAAAAUCUUUACCUACUUUUCAAUAGUGGGAAAUAUUUGUUUUUUUUUUCCAAUACAAGUAGCCAUUUUUAUUUUAAAAGUUUUGAUAAGAAUGGAACACUCUAAAAAUAGUGAUUUCUGAUAUUUUUUUAUCAGAAAUUAACUGCCAUUGUCAAUAAAUUAUUAAUGUAGAUACUAAAAAUACAAAUAGAAUUGUGUAAACGUUGAAGACUCUUAACAUGUACAGUUCUCUAGUAUUAACCUAUUUAUAGCAUUUUUCAAUAAUUCGGUUUAUUAUUAUCGAGUGAUCCGUUUUAUGAUAUAGAGGCUUUCACGGAAGGGAAUGCACUUACGUAUGUAUAAACUAAUGCAAGAAUAUGAUUGACCAAUAUGUAAUACUGUCAUUUCAUAUUUAAGGAAGAUUUAUCUCCUCUCUGCUAAUAUACAUAUACCUACUUAAGGUCCCGUAGUAGAGACACCGCUAAGACGACAUCUCCCCACGAAUCUCUGUCAAGAGUUCCCCGCAACUCCGCAUUGGCCACCUCCUUGGCCUGGAUUAUGACCAAAUGGAGGGCGGUCUUCGCAGCUCUGUAUCCCUCAUAUAGCUCUGCUUCCUUGGCCUACGCAACCGGAGUGCCGAUGCGAAGCCUGCGGUGUCUGGUGUAUAGGUGUCUAGCAGCGAUGCACGCCUCUCGAAGAGAGUCUAUCUCGCUGGUCCACCAGUACACCUGGCGUGGACACGAUGGUUUUUUAGUCAGUAAAAGUCUGACACUCUUACCGCUGCUUACCCACAGCGGGAUCAUUUAAUGAUUGUGAUGAUGAAGGUUUGAUUUUUGCCAUCGCUUAAAAAAAAGAUACCGUAGUAGUACGUAACAAGUAGGCUACAUUAUGUAAAAAAAUAUAUAAUUGAUGUUCGUACAUCUCCCUAAAUUUCUAAGAGUCCAUCGCCCUUAGUUACUCCUAAAACCGAAAUGUAGACAUAACUAAUAGUAAUAAUUAUGAAUGGUACUAUAUAGACUUUAAUAAAAUAAUAAUUACUGUCAGACUACAUAAAUGGUUCCGUAAGUUAAUUUCAAUUGCUGUAAUAAUUUCUAAUAGAUGUUAGUGCAUAACGUGUUGCGGAUUUUUAGCGCACCUACGAUUGUGAAUCUUCUAAGACUGAAGCAAGUUAUUUGUACAUUUUAGCGAUAGAACGCGACAUAAUGUAGAAAAUAUGCUCGUCUAAGCUGAAAUGGCGCGCUCCACUACCGCAUUUUUAGUGCGUGCACCGUAAAUAAAUGCGAUAGUGCCAUUGUAAUAUAUAUCUCGAUAUUAUUAUAAACACAGUAAAAAGCUGCUAUGUAAACGCGCUUAAAGACGGAAAAUUAAACAUGCGGAGUAUUAGAUGCACUCAGAUGAGUGUAAAAGUUACCGGCAAACUAUAUAAUUCGGUAGAUAAUGUAAGAAAUACUGUUUAUUUUAUGCUUUGUCUAGGUAUUCUAUACAAGACUAAAUACGCAGCCGAUUAAGUACAUUUGUAAAAGACGAGAGGUAAGGACGGAGAGGACUCAUUUAUAUCUUGUCUAACCUGAAGUAAUACUUAAUUAUUAAUAGAUUGCCGGUAACAUAAGUAUACAAAUUCAAAGAUUUUAAACAUAUUUUUCCCAAAGAUAUUUGAGUGAAUAUUUUCUUAAUUAAGAUGUUCCUUUGUUUUUUAUAUUUUACUAGCUUUUGCCCGCGACUUCGUUCGCGUGGAAUAGUGGCAUCCGGCAGAUUUUUGGUUUGAACAAUAGAUGGCGCUAUAUGUCCGGAAUAAAUGGUAUUUUUUUUUUUAAUAAAAACUAUCCUAUGUCGUUCUCCUGGCUCUAAACUACCUCCCUGCCAAUUUUCAGCUAAAUCGGUUCAGCCGCUCUUGAGUUAUAAGUGGUGUAACUAACACGACUUUCUUUUAUAUAUAUAUAGAUAGAUGUUUGCGCUUUUUAUAUUCAAUUCGGAUUGGCUAUUAAUCGGACUGAUGCUUUCAUGUACUAUUAAAAUUGUGCCUUAAUUUAUACCAUUGGCUUGCUGCGAGCUUAGGUUUCUUAAUUUUAAUAUUCUCGGUCAAAAUCGAUAUCGGAUUCGUUAUAAUUAAUAAGCUCUCUUUGUAUGAUAUAAUUAUUGUAUCUCAAUUCAGCUAAAUGUGAUGUAGUACCAAAUGAAGUAUUUUAUUAUUAAUAUUCUAAGAAUCAAAAUAUAAAAAUUUGGAGCUUAUAUUGGUACUUAUAUUUGUAAAAAAAUGUGCGAGAUCUUUUAUCGUGUACAUAUUUAUAUUGUGUAAUAUUUAUCUGUGAAAUUUAACUUUUGUGGAUGAAAACUCUUUACUAUUUCUAACAACUUUAAUUGAUUGCUAAAGAAAAUUGUUAUUAAAGAACAAUACUCACGUACACUUAGGAUAUCGUACAACGUUUUCGUACGUUGUAAACUUGUUGUAUUCAUGUCAAUAAAUAUUUCGUGGUAAUAGUCAAGCUUUAUCUAAUGAACUAGCGUCACGCCAUGUUGGCAACCCUAAAAUAGUGAUGGGUCAUGAAAAAAUAUUUUUUGGCGUCUAAGUGGUUUGUGCAAUCACAGAAGAACAAGUUACACACUGUUCUCUGUUUGGUCUUUAUUUUUACGGAUUACUUAAACCGAGUUUGUUUGUUAUGUAUGAUACAUUGAGUUCCUAAUGUGUCAUCAUGGCGUGAAGCUAUCAUAUUCAACCAGACGCUGGUCAAUUAUAUAAUCGGUGUGGUCGACUUUUGAAACCUGGCUUAUACCUAUUAAUAUGUAUAUUUUAUAACGUAUUUUAUACCCUGCACUGAAUGCAGGUUACAUGCGCUAUUUGGUAGUUUUAAGUAUUAAACAUCUGGAAUAUGUUCAGGCAAUAAUAUGAUAAUGUUGCCAUGCGGCAUAAUUUUUUAGAGUAGUGCCCCAUAAGAUAUUCGUACUUUCAAACUAUCGGUGCGGCGGUGGUCACGGACUGCACACCAGCCGUCACAACCAAUCCCCUUCCUUUCUAAUUCCUUCGUACAAGUGAACAUCCUUUUACUAUGAAAAUGGCGAAUCACCAGUGUGCCUGAUACGAAGUCAGUAGUGUACAUUAUAUACCCCAUCAGCUGGCGUGGGGGUUAAACAUCGCAUUUUAAUUGUCGUCGAUGUUUGUCACAAUAUUUGCUUGAAUUUUUAAUAGUAUUUAACUGAGUGGUAAUAGUGUAGUUGUUUUAUUUAUCCGAGUGAAAUACCAAACGGAACUUAGUAGAUAUGUAGAUUAGAAAUAUUGACUGAUUAUGGAAUACUUACAUGGACAUGAGGUGAAUUUUGUACAUACAGACAUAAAAUAGUAAGCCUGUGUUUCUAUUUAUUAUUUAUAGAAGUAGAUACAUCUUUAUUGUAUAAAUUAUAAUAUUUCAACAUAUUAUGUAUUCUGGUUCGGCCCAAGAAUCGUUCCCAUAUGGACGAUGCAUAUAUUUAAGCGUGUUUCCUAAGGUAUUUCAUGAAAUAUCCAGUGUUUAAUAUAAUUACGUUUACGAUAGUAUGAAGUAUGGUCUUUUACGAACCAUAUUUCCGUUUCAACCUACUUAAUAUUAUGUAUGUACCUACUUAUUUGUUUGUUUGCUCUUGAAUUAGUUGAUUAAAUACUCGUAUUGAAUCUCGAUCUGUAAAACAUCUGUCCAGUGUUAUGUUCUUGUAUAGUGGUGCCAAAAAUAACUUUUUUGAUUUUUUGCUUUUUUAAAUGUUUUAAUAAAAAUUGUUUUGAUAUA